CGCACGUCUCCGAGGGUGGCGCCGUGGCCCCUCAUGCUGCGGCGCCCGGUGGCGGGGCUGGCGGCGGCCGCCCUGGGCCGCGCCCCCGCAGACGGUGAGUGGCGUCUGAGCGCACACAGCUUCCGGAGGUCCUUCCUGGGCGCCGCCGCCACCCGCAUAGUCGGAGCCGUUCGCGUUCCGCUCUCUCCCUGCACCCAGGACGUGGCUUCCCGCGUGCUUCAGGGUGCGGAUUGUCAGGACCAAGGCCCUGUUGUCCUGAGUGGACCUUCUGGGGCCGGAAAGAGCACCCUGCUCAAGAGACUUCUGCAGGAGCAUGGCAGCAUCUUCGGAUUCAGCGUGUCCCACACCACGAGGGACCCGAGGCCUGGAGAGGAGAAUGGCAAAGAUUACUACUUUGUGACCAGGGAGGUGAUGCAGCGGGACAUUGCUGCCGGGGACUUCAUCGAGCAUGCCGAGUUCUCGGGGAACCUGUAUGGGACUAGCAAAGCGGCUGUACGAGUGGUGCAGGCCAUGAACCGGAUCUGCGUGCUGGACGUGGACCUCCAGGGUGUGCGGAACUUAAAGAAGACCGACCUGAGGCCCAUCUACAUCUUUGUGCAGCCACCCUCGCUGGAAGUCCUGGAACAGAGGUUGCGGCAGCGGAACACAGAGACAGAGGAGAGCCUGGCCAAACGGUUGGCCACUGCACAGGCGGACAUGGAAAGCAGCAAGGAACCUGGUCUGUUUGACCUGAUCAUUGUCAACGACAACCUGGACAAGGCCUACUGGAGCCUGAAGGAGGCACUCUCGGAGGAAAUCAAGAAGGCCCAAGGGACUGGCUGCUCCUGAGGAUGCCAACGGCUGUGUCCUCCCUGGACAGGACCCUGCACCCACCCUGGUGGCCAGGGUGCCCCUGACAAGGUUGGCUCUGCAAGCCUCUUUCUGGGUGCCCCUGAUCAGUCCCACUCUCCUGUGGGAUCUGGGCCCGCAUCCUAAUAAAGAGCUGCUGGUUAGAGUGUC